UCUUCCCAUUAUUUCAGAUCAACUUCUCCUCCCAUGUCUUCUAGAAAGAUCAGGCUGAACACGGCGGCCGUGGACCUGGGUUGUAGCUGCCGCCGAAGUUCUCGACUCCUCACGGCCAUAUUCCACCGAUCCAAAAAACAAACCACCACCACCACCCAUAAUAAUAAUAAUAACCCUUCAUCCAAAUCAUUGAACAACGGCGGCGGCGGCGGCGCCGACUACUACUACUCCUACUCCGACGAAGAUAUUAAGGAAACGAGAGCCGUUCAUCUGGGAUUCAGGGGAGACGUCGUAGCAGAGGAAAAAGAUUCCGAUGAUCCGUAUCUCGAUUUCCGGCGAUCGAUGAUGAGUAUGAUUGUUGAGAAAGAGAUUUACUCAAAGGAUGAUCUUAGAGAACUUCUCAACUGUUUUCUUCAGCUUAAUUCUCCUUAUCAUCAUGGUAUCAUCAUAAGAGCUUUCUCCGAGAUUUGGAACGGUGUUUAUUAUUCCGCCGCCGCCGCCGCCGACCGGAAUGUGGUAAGUCCCACCAUUGGUGGCGGUGGAGGCUGGGGAAAUUAUUAUUAAGGGCUUGUUUGAUUCAUCUUAAUUAUUAGCUAUUUAUUAUGUCAGUUUUAUUCGUAGUAUC